AUGGGUUGCAUAUCCUCGAAGCAUAUCAAGCACACACCUGGAUAUGAGGAACCCAACAUCCUCGCCUCUGAAACCUGUUGUAAGCAUCUCCCAACCUCAUGAAAUUGCUUGACUUGGCUCAUAAUUUGAUAAGAUAUAGCCUUGUUGAUUGUUAGGAGCUUGAGAAUGCCCUUUUCUCAAGCUACCUUUGGGAUUUUGAUACCCUUCCGUUCUACAAUUGAUGGAAGAACCGAUGUUCUUCGUACCCUGCUGUUGGUAGGCUCAAGUUCUAGAGGAUUUGGAAUUAAAGUCUCCAAUUUAGUGUUCAUCAUGGGUGAUCUCAGUGACUGAUGGAUUUCUCAAACACUUGAAAUCUUUUUCAGUUACUGUGAAUGAGGUGCAGGCGCUCUAUGAACUGUUCAAGAAGAUAAGCUGUUCGAUAAUAAAAGACGGCCUAAUUCACAAGGUACGCUAAUCUCUCUUGCAUUUUGAAUUUGUUUAAUGAUUUUUCUGGGCGCUGGGCUUCACACGGGUCGUCCCCCCCUCAAGCAAUCUCUGCCUGUCAUUAAUUUCUAUUGAAAUAGGAGGAAUUCCAACUCGCACUCUUCAGGAACAGCAACAACAAGAACCUAUUCGCUGAUAGGGUAAGCUCUCUCUCUCUCUCUCUCUCUCUCUCUCUCUCUCUCUCUCUCUCUCUCUCUCUCUCUCUCUCUCUCUCUCUCUCUCUUAUUUAUUUAUAAUGCUUUCUCAUCUUAUUAAGUUCCCUGUAUUUCCUUAUUUUUUGAUUUUUUUUACAGAAUAUAUGAAAAACUUAUCUCGAAAUUCUUUGACGCAAGCUGUGCUGGACGAUAAUUGUUCUCUGUGUUCUAUGUUUGGCCAAUUUAUGCAGGUAUUCGAUCUGUUUGACAUCAAACGCAAUGGUGUCAUUGAAUUCGGAGAGUUUGUCCGAUCCCUAAGUGUAUUCCACCCAGGAGCUCCAACUGCUGAUAAAAUCGCUUGUAAGAAGCUUCCCAGCUGCUGUAUGAGUAGAUAUCUUCAUCUAUGAAUCAUAGAUUACUUCUCACUUGCUUUUAUGUGAUCAACCUUUCAUAGAUUUUCCAUGUAUAAAUUUUAUCAUUGAGAAUCUUGGGGUAAUGUUAUGCUAAUGAAACCCAUAAUCUAACAGUUUAUGUUCUAUAAAGGGUCAACGGACGCACAUUCGCUCUCUUUCACUCUCAUUUGACUUCUUACUCCUGAAUCUUUCUGAGGGAUGAUAGAUCGGCAUGAUUGUGUUUUGGGCAAUUUAUUUGGGGUCAAUGGCCUCUUUGGAUAGUUUCAAACUAUUAUUGAAGCAAUUUGGCCUUAACUUUUCUUUUCUUUGGCAGUUGCCUUCAGAUUGUACGACUUGAGACAGACUGGAUGCAUUGAACGUGAUGAGGUAAAAUAUGAGACGCCCUGAUUUUUACCAUUUUAAGAGAUCUUGCCACGCCUUUUUAGGAAAUAUCUGCUGGGUGUGGGAUUUUAAAGUAAAAAAAGCUCCUUUUUUUAGAAAAUAUUUUACAUUGUGUAUUUGGGCAUAUUAUUAAAUCUGAUGAAGGCCAGUUUCUACUAUUAAAUUCGCUUUUUCAGGGCUUAAAAAUUUGUUUUUGAAUAUUUUUUUUCAUUUGUUGUUCUCUUAAAAGCUGAAAGAGAUGGUCCUCGCCCUUCUCAAGGAAUCAGAUCUGACGCUUUCAGAUGAUGUUGUCGAACAAAUCGUUGAAAAGGUGCGUAUAUAUAAAAUCUUAACUCCAUCUUUUUUUUUUUAGUCCUUAAUUUCAUUCCUUUUUUUUAAAAGUUUUUAAUUAGGCACUCUUUUUUUAAUCUACUUUAUUUUUGCAGACUUUCAGAGAGGCAGACGCAAAAGGUGAUGGAAGAAUCGAUCUAGACGAGUGGAAGGAUUUUGUGGCAAAAAAUCCGUCCCUUUUGAAGAACAUGACUCUUCCAUAUCUAAAGUGAGUUCUUGAGCUUGGUUCAUGAGGUUGCAAGUAUCUUUCAUGGACAGGGAUCUUCUUUGAUCGCAUGGGCAGGAUGAUUAUCUGCUCUCUCUCUCUCUCUCUCUCUCUCUCUCUCUCUCUCUGCUUGGCACUUUUGUACAUAUCCCCAAUAAUUUUGUAUGGGCAUCUUGGGUUUUCCGGCAUAGAACAUAAAAUCUGGAAACUAAUCAUGCUUCAAGGGAUUCUAACAUGGAUGCAUGUGUUUUGUCUCGUUCUCUCUUCUUGCAAAGUAUACACCUUUUUCCAAGGGUUCAAGGGUCUUUCAUGGGCAUCAUCUUGCCUCUUUUCUCUUUUGCUAAUUUCUUGGCCAAGUAUGCUGCAAGUGGGUAACCUAAUCCUUGAAGAUUAAUGAACUACUGUUGCUGUUGUAGGGACAUAACACUAGCGUUCCCUAGUUUUGUCACCAACACUGAGGAGGUCGACGUGAGCAGCUAG